CAGGAGGAGAGUACGUCCUGUGUGCUCGCUGGAGGGACAGUGAUGGCACCUCGCAGUGUGUAACCCGAUAGGAAGACAGGUUUUCUGUAUAUUGCACCGUCACGAUGGAGAGGCUUAGGCAGGACCUAUGUGGCGUUCACGGCAGCAUUUUUUUUCUGGAUGUAGCGAUUGAAUAGACAGCUAAAGGCGGGUACUUCAGAAAACACUGAAUCACUUCUUUUCUCCACUUCCUGAUUAACCCUACCGAUGGCAAGGAGAACUGCGUCGCCAGAGAGAAAAACUGACACGUGGAUUACUCCUCCUAGAGCAUCAGGAAAAACAAGCCUGGUCUCUAGCUCGGUUCGAUUCAUGUCGUCUCCCUCCGUGUCGGGCUAAUGGAUACAGCCAAUCGAAAGGGCGAGAUAUGAUCGUGUUAUUACGAGCUUUAAAGCGCCGUGUUUCGCCACCGUGUACUUUUGUGAUUGAUCGACCGAAGAGAGCGCCUUUGAAGUAAAGCCAGGAGGGUUGAGAGGAGGCUGCUACAACCUCGCGUUGAAUGGCAGUUAUUCAAAAAUAUGGCAAGAACUGUGAUCCAGAUUUGGUCUGUCACAAGGAAAACCAUACAUCUGACAAGAUCGGGGUGCCUGGAUGUCAUAAGAAGUGGCCUGAACAGAGUACCAACUGGUCGAGACCAGUGGCGAGGGUAUGGACAGUUGUGCUGCUGCUGGGGACCUGCCUCCUGUACUGUGCCCGUGUGGCAAUGCCCAUCUGUGCUGUCAGCAUGGCAGAGCAGUUCAACUGGAGCAAGAGGGAGUCUGGCAUGGUGCUGGGCAGCUUCUUCUGGGGCUACUGCUUCACCCAGGUUUUCGGAGGCUAUGUCAGUGACAGGGUGGGCGGUGAGAAGGUCCUCCUGCUCUCUGCCGCGGCCUGGGGCGCUAUGACAGCCUUCACCCCAAUCCUCGCCCACUUCUGCUCCCAGCCCAUCUUCUCCAUGACACUGGCUCGCUUCCUCAUGGGCUUGCUGCAAGGAGUGCACUACCCGUCGCUGGCAAGUCUGUGCUCUCAAAAGGUGGUGGAAAGUGAGCGCGGCUUCCUCAUGAGCACUGUGGGGAGUGGAUCCUACUUGGGCACACUGGUGAUUGGAGGGGCUGGCUCCCUCAUGCUAGACUUGUAUGGCUGGGAGAGUGUGUUCUAUGUGUCUGGCCUUCUGUCAGUCCUCUGGGCAUACUGCAUGUGGAAGUAUCUACUCAAAGGAGAAGGUCCUAUCAUCACUCUGGAGUCCCUGGGAAGUGGUGGAUCUCAAUCCAAACUGUCAAAGAGACACUGGCUACGCCUCUUCAAACAACCUGCAGUCUGUGCUGUGAUCAUUACACACCUUUGCACAGCAAGCACCUUCUUCACACUUUUGUCAUGGCUGCCAACUUUCUUUAAGGACACUUUCCCUGAUGCCAAGGGUUGGGUGUUCAACGUCAUUCCCUGGUUGGUGGCCAUUCCCUCCUCCCUGUUCAGUGGCUGUCUAUCUGACCACCUCAUCAGUCAAGCAGGUUUUGACACAGCCUCUGUGAGGAAGUUGAUGCAGUUUUUCUCCAUGGGCGUUUCCAGUGUGUUUACUCUACUUCUAUGUAGCACCACCACCUUCCCCUGGGCUGUAGCAUUUGUUUCUGCCACCAUGGGCCUCACCACCUUCAGUCACAGCGGUGUAUCUGUAAAUGUCCAAGACCUCGCUCCAUCCUGUGCUGGAGCUUUGUUUGGUGUUAUGAAUACCUGUGGUGCUUUCUCAGGGGUUCUGAUGGUGUAUUUCUCGGGGUAUCUGAUCGAAGCCACAGGCUCGUGGGCAUCUGUGUUUGCCCUCAUCACCACGGUCAACCUGCUGGGCCUGUGCACCUUCCUGGCCUUCGCUGAGGCUCGUCGGGUCGACAUUGACACCACCAAGACCCGCUACAACAAUGUACACAUCUAAACAAUCAAUCAUCACAGGGACCAGAAUGCUUUGCCCAAGUGAGAUGUGACCUUGAGCAACCAGCAGCAACAACAAUACCCACAUCAAAGCACUAGCCAUGAGAAGGGAACUGCCACAUUGACGAAACCCACUUUCAGUAUCUGGGGCACGCCGAUUGGCUCUGCGUCUGGUUGAGGCGGGACCACAGCGGUUAAUCAAGGGCACAGCCGAGUCUGCUUAAUGUUACUGCGAAAUUUGACGGAGCCAGAGUCUUGAACCUCAAGUCUCAAGUCACAGCUGUAUGAACGGAUGCUCUGUGAGACCAGGGAGGAUGUGGGCGGGUAACGCUCACAGGAAGUGAGUCUUUGCCCUCCACUGGCUCAGCACACCGUUGCAUAAUAGAUGUUGGGGUAUUGUUUACAUUUCUCAUAUGUAAUCAUGGCAUUUAUUUUCUGUCACUCAGAAUGUGUUAGUUAGUGCUGGAAAUUGUUACUAGCCUCAGCAGCUCCAGUAUUUUUGUGGGUUUGUGUAUGUGUGUGUGUGUGUGUGUGUGUGUGUGUGCUGAAGGAGCCAUAAGAAUGAUGGAUGUGUUAGUCUCAUGAGUUCAUUGACAGUUGUGACAGACCAAGAUGGUGUGUUCUUACCCUGUGGGGAGGCGGGUGGAGGGGGUGGGAGUUGGCGCUUGUGGGUGAGACAGGGAGAAGCGAGGCUCUCUUACCUGAAGUCUUUUAUUAGAAGGUGACCCCUCAGCCCCCCUCCUCCCCACUCUCCACCCCACCCGCCACUGUCACUGAGCGAACUGAGUGACACCUCAUUACCCAGUGACUAAUUACUUGGCAGGCGCUCCAGUGUCCUGUACGAUUUACUUUCUAUAGUCUACAUCUCCAUGGUUACAAGCUCUUCAUCUUGUCAUUGCGCUUUUUUUUUUUUUUUUUUUUUUUUUUUUGGCAGGGUGUGUGUGUGUGUGUGUGUUGGGGUAUCGCCACAGCACUCUCACUGACAGCAUUCUUCCCAUAUGAAGUCUCGAUGAAUAUGUCUGGAGUAUGAUUAAGAAGACCAAAGGUUAUUAACUAUUAAUUAAUUAUUUUCUUUCUCAAAUGAUUGCAUGAUAUACAAAUACCUCACUUAAUUAUUUUUAUUACUUAUAUAUUUAUAUGGCUUCUUGUUUUACCAAUUAGAAAGGUUUUGUAGAGAAGAGAUAUUAGGUAAGAUGACUGUCUCUCGAGACAAAAAAAAAAAAAAAAAAAAAAAAAAACAGAAAGUAACCCCAAUAGAUGCGGCUCUGAAACUACCACCAUUUUUCAGUUCUUCCUUGGUGUGUACAGAUUGGUGGCAACUGAUUGGCCUCAUACUUUAGUGAAAACUGAACAGGCAGAUGAAGAGGAGAACAAGUCUGCUCAUUUGCUCCUCCACUCUAGACAGGAAAUGAUGUCACAUUGAGCUGUAAAUGCAGUGUCAUAGAAAGUGUCUGCACUCUGUCCCAUUAAGGCAGUUUUAAACACCAUACUCAGCUUUGGUUCACAGACACAGUCUGAUAUAAAUGUUGCAGGAAAAGUAAGAGUGUUACAAUAACGUCUUGGGUUGGGAUCAGUGCAGCUGAGGGCCAGGAGACUAUUCAGUGCAAUGUUAUUACUGCUACCUUACUGCUACUCUCACUAUUUACUGCAAAGAGCCAGCAGCAUUUCAGGCUGAGCAGUGAAAUUAGUGUUAGAGGGCAACAUUCAGAUUCGUCAUCCUCGUUUUUCAGUGCUCAGUUUGGGUAAAAAAAGAAAAUGGGAAUUUCUGCUUUGCAUUUGGAAGUUGUCACCGCUUCACAAUCUAGACACUUACUUGAUAUCUGUAUACAGUCAGUCUAUGCAUUUAUUAUUUUUGUGCCUAAUUGAUGCAAUGGGUGAACAGCGAGAUAUGUUCUCCAAAAUGCACACAAUUUAAUUUAUUGCUCAUUGUAUAUUGCCAAUUAUUUUCCCUCUGCUUGAUAUAGAUUUAGUAAAGUACAUGGGCUCAUAGGCAAAUGAUGUGUUGCAGGCUUUCAGUAGAGAGGGGUGCAUUUUGACUGUGGUUGAAUGUUUUGUCCAUAUAGUUCAAUUUCAUCUUAAAAAAAAACACAUUACUGUCCUUAUAUUAUCAUGGUAAGUGAUUGCAUAAAAGGAAAGUUGGGAUAUUGGAUUUAUGGACUGUAUGCAAACCUUGCUUUAGCUCUCUGGCUAGCCAUCUGCAUUACUUAAGUCUUCAGAAUUUCAGCAAACAUAUUUAUGUUUGAGUGUUAUUAAUACACACAAAAUUAUAGAAUAUGGAUACCAAAAGUCGGUAGUGGUACUUACUAUACUGGUUUUGCAGUACCUGUUUUGCAGUAAACAUACACAAAGUGUAUGCCUAGACUGUUCACAUUAGGCCUAUUUACU